AUGGAAGACCACAAGCAAAAAGCAAUGGAAAUAAAUUAUGAAACGUUAGUUCAAAUUAUUCUCAUGUUUGUUGUAAAACAACAACAACAACACUAAUAAAACGCCUGAAGAUAGGCAGUUUUGUUGGGAAUAUAAAUAUAAACUUAUACCAUUGUAUAAUCUCUGAAUGUUGAGAAAUAUUUGAAUCAAAUUAUUUCGGUUUCUUAUUUAUUCAUUCCUAAAAUUAAUUCGCUUAUAAAUCAGAGUGGCGAGCGAAAACCUGUCUAACAUGUUUUAAUUGUUUCUCCCUUUAUUGACAGGAUGAAAAAAGAUUCGAAAGUAAUAGAAAGCCAGGUAUAAAUUAACGGAAAAGCAAGAAUAUUUAUGUAGUAAUCGUGUUUGCAUUUUGUUGUGUUGUGUUGUGUUGUGUUGUGUUGUGUUGUGUUGUGUAAUUGUGUUGUGUUGUGGUGUGUUAUGCUGUGUUGUGCUGUAUUACUGCACAUGCGUAAUAACGUUGGGUUGCUCAAUUUAUUUUAUGGUACUUUUAGGAAGCAUUACAAAGACGAAAAUCAUUAGAGAGUAAAUUAAAGUAAGUUGUUGCUUGGUACACCACACCUGUUGAUAAGCUCUGUCCUUGUUAACCAACCUAACUGACCAAAUAUAUUUAAACAAACUCAAAUAUAUUUAAACUGGACAGCUAUAUCGAUCAGUUCUAAACUGUUCUCUUAAGCUCCCUUGGCAGAGUCAAGCACUCUUUUUGCAUAUUAAGACUACGGUGAAAUUAUAUAAUCAUACAUAAAACUCCAUGCUAUAUUCAGCCUAGGUCGAUAUCACGAGAGGAGAUUUGUUGGAAGCAAAAGAAGACUAAGUCAGGACAUGGAUGAAACAAACGACAAAAUGUCGUUGAAAAUAAGAGAAGGUAGAAUUUUGCCUUCAAUAUAAUAUAUCAAACCAAACUUUCUCUUCUCUGAAGCACUCUCCUCUCGCAUGCCAUUAUUUUGAUCCUUAAUAUUUUCUUUAGAGGGCAGAAAAAUGACAGAUAUUAGUCGCUCUUUACAAAACAAUUCGACAGCUCAGAAGAAUACUCAGAUUGAUGCCGACUUUUUAGACCGCCAGGAACAAGGGAAACAUAUUGAUCUAAAACAAAAAGUAAGAUACUGACCAACAUUGGGGGGGGGGGGGGGUGCAACUGAGCAUGGAAAUGGAAGUCGUUAAUCUGGAUUGAGUGAAAAUUGUCUUUAUGUAAAAAUUAAGUGGAAGCUUUUCGUGAUGCAUAGAAUGUGUUCCUUUUAGAUGGCUGAAGCGAAGAGAACGACAUUGCUGGAACAAAUGUCAAAAGAUCGGAAGAAUCGUAAUCGAGCACGAAUGACGCGAACGCAAGAUCGUUGCGUGGACACGGACACAGAUACUCGGAAACUGUCGUAUAGCGACGCCAUUAGACAUUUACAGGUGAUUGAACAAAUGUACAAAAAUAAGUGUACAAAAAUAUAACAAUGUAUGUUGUGGUGUGAAAAUUGUUAUACUGAAACAUUAUCUCCUAGUCUUGCUUCCUAAAUAAUGCGCAGAACAGGGAACCUUGAGGAAUUUUCGGAUGUUUCUGCGACAACGUUUGCUCAGACUCUACAUUCUUUUUCUCACUUCAGAAAAGUGUGUCGAAGCAAGAAGAGAUGGAGCAUGCGCUGUAUAAUCAAGUGCGAUCAUCGGAAGCCAGUUAUAGAAAACAGGAACAAUAUUGUCAGCGGCUUCAGGACGAUCUUGGCGCUAUACAGAGAGAAAACGCCAAGCUAUUGAAGGUAUACUAUUGAAGAUAUUCGAGCGUUAUGAAAGCUAAGCGAAGAAAUAGCUUUAUCAGUUUUAAACUGUUCUCCGAUCCUUCGAGGCUCACUAAGGAUCAUCUCUUAUUGAUCCAGUGUUACUACAGGAGGAAACCUAAACUAAACUAACUUUAUUUAUACUGGAUAGCUAUAUCAGUUCUAAACUGUUCUUCCUAGAGGUCCAGUAAGAAUCAUCUCUUAUUGAUCCAGUGUUACUACAGGAGGAAACCUAAACUAAACUAACUUUAUUUAUACUGGAUAGCUAUAUCAGUUCUAAACUGUUCUUCCUAGAGGUCCAGUAAGAAUCAUCUCUUAUUGAUCCAGUGUUACUACAGGAGGAAACCUAAACUAAACUAACUUUAUUUAUACUGGAUAGCCAUAUCAGUUCUAAACUGUUCUUCCUAGAGGUCCAGUAAGGAUCAUCUCUUAUUGAUCCAGUAUUAUUACAGGAGGAAACCUAAACUAAACUAACUUUAUUUAUACUGGGUACCAAUAUCAGUCCACUUAUUCAGUCAGUGUUAUUACAGGAGGAAACUUAAACUAAACUAACUUAAAUAGUUUAUUUAUACUGGAUAGCUCUAUCAGUGUGGUUCCAAACUGUUCUUCCUAGAGGUCCAGUAUUACUACGAAAUGCGGCUGAGGUGAAAUUAUACUGCUUUGAUUUUAGGAUUUCGAACUGGAAUGUAAAACAAGAGAAACGUCUCUGAAACAAGCUCUUACUCGCGAACAGGCAGCGUUGCAAAAGGUAUGUACAAAAGGAAAUAUUUUACCGUACAUGUAAUGUAACUAACAAGUACAGUAUAUUUUUCUUACCUUUUGUCGUUUUGAAUAGAUAGCUUUUAUUAUUUGACUAUAAACAAUAUCAUCCAACAUGUAUAUAUUGACGUCUUGUGUUUGGUGGCAAUUAAAUGGAUUAUAGCUAGUGUAAAUCUCCAGUCUGCUAUCAAUAUCAACAUUUUUUACUACCAUCUAGCCGCUGCUCUUAUUGAAACCAACCAGUACUGUACUGUACUUUAUUUUGUUUUGUUUAAAAGGCUCGUACGACUAGAGAAGAAGGAAUACAAAGUUUAGUCAAACUACGAGACUUAUUACGCGAAGAUAAACACCGUUUGAAUGAUGACGAAAAAGUAAGUAUAGAAACUGCUCGAAGUGAAUGAAGUAACGUGUAUAGUGUGGCGAAUUGACGAAAAGAUGAAGUAAGUUGAUGUGAAAUAUACUGAUUUAGUUAAAAGAUCCGUUAAUUGAAAAUAAGCUACAGUCAGGUAAAGUAAAGCGGAUAAAAUUAGAGAACACUAGACAAAGUAAAGCGAGGCGUUGUGAAUUGAAGUCUUGAUAUGGUAAAUUGAUGCAGUGAAUACUUCUCGUUUUACUAGGAACAUCAUCGCUUAGCAAGGUUGGAAUAUUCAACAAGGCUACAAGAAAUCUCAUGA